GCUGCCACCCCGGGCCUGCCCUCGUAUUCCCGGCCGCAUUAAACAAGCCCAGCCGCGAACUGGCGCUCGAAAAAGUCGCAGCAGCUCCCGCGCGCUAAAAUACUCCUCCAAGGCGCAGACACAGACAAACACAAGCCAAACCAACACCACCACCGCCGCCUCUCAUCAGUAUCUCUCUCCUCUGCUCUGCAGGCUGCAGCUGCAGUGCGCGUCUUGUACAGCUCUCUCUCUCUCUCUCUGCUCAGCGCCUCAGCCUAGGCUAGCUUAACUCAUCUGCACAACGAAAGAGGAGGACGCGGCCCAGUGGUGGAGGCAAACCAGGCACAUCCAGCAUCCAGCAGCACCAGAAAAAUCCACCGGUUAAUCUCAUCUAGCUAGCCACUUUCUCUGUGCUCCGCAUGGCCGCGGUGUAGCUGAAGGCUACGCUAGAUCCUCCUUCGGGUGCAUACGAGCGUGCCCAGCCAAGAAAGGAGGAAAGAGGAUGGGGGAGAAGGCAGCGGACGCGGCGGCGGCGGCGGCGGGCACGGGGGACCAGGACGACGGACAGGCGGCGGCGGCGGCGGGACUGGACGGCAUCCAGUACUGCAGCGAGCACCCCUACCGGCCCGGCACGGCCGCGGCGUUGGUCGCCGGCGGGGGGAUAUGCGCGUUCUGCCUGCAGGAGAAGCUGGGGAGGCUGGUGUCCUCCUCCAAGUCCAGCCCUUUCUUCCCGCUCGGCGGCCACCCGCCGCCCUCCGGCUCCCCGUCGUCGCCACCGUCCUUCCGCCGCGCGGCCGAGCCGCCGCCGCCGCUCCAUCCCUCCGGCGCCUCGCGAAAGUUCAUCCCUUUCCACCGGAAGAAGACCCCCUCGUCGUCGUCGUCGUCGUCUUCCUCUGCCUCCGCGGCGCUGUCCGAGGGAGGCGUGCUGAAGAGGAGCAAGUCGGUGGCGCCGCGGCCCGAGGAGCAGUUCCCCUACUCGUCGGCGUCGUCGGUGACGGCCGAGAGCCCGCGCAAGAAGAGCUUCUGGUCGUUCCUCUACCUCUCCUCGUCCUCAUUCGCCUACGCGCAUCAGACCACCGCCUCCACGCCGUACACCAACGGGGGCGGCGCCGCCGCGAGGAGGAAGUCGGUGUCUGUGGCGUCGGCGGCGUGGGCGUCCAGGGGUGGCGCCGCGGCCGGCGUUGGCGCACAUGAUCAGCAGCUGCGCGCCGGGACGUCGUCGACGUUGGGGCGGACGCUGGAGGCCAUCGGCGAGCCGGAGAGCCCGAGCCAGGUGUCGUCCUCCUCUUCCUUCGGACGGAAGGUGGCGCGGUCGCGUUCCGUCGGGUGCGGCAGCCGCAGCUUCUCCGGCGACUUCCUGGAGCGCCUCUCCAACGGCUUCGGCGACUGCACGCUCCGGCGCGUCGAGUCCCACCGCGAGUCCAAGCCGCACAAGAUGCGCGGCGCCCUCGGCCACCUCGGCGGCGCCGCCGACGAUGAGGAUGGCGACGACGACGACGUGUACGAGCACCAGCACCGGAUCAAGUGCGCGGGGUUCUUUGGAAGCCUGGGCCCCGCGUCGUCUACCUACUGGCUCUCCGCGGCCAGCGGCGGCGUCGGCAGCGGCACGAGGAGGUCUGGCGGUCGCAGCCACCGGAGCUGGGCUUGGGCGUUGGCAAGCCCCAUGAGGGCGCUGCGGCCGACGACGAGCUCCACCUCCACGAAGACCAUCACGGUGGUGCCGCCCAGCCACGUGACUGUCCACGGCAACGGCAACGGCAACACGUCGACGUCGUCAUUGUCCAUAUCUUCCCCGACGCCAUCAUCUUCGGAGGCAACUGCCGCGGCCGUGGCGAAUUGAAAAUUUGAAGCUGCACAACCGGUUAAUUAUCUCUCCCAGGCCCUCCCCUCCCCUCUUGUUGAAUCGCCGCAUAUACAUCUCAUCCUCACUCGCUGCAUUUCCUCUGUCUUGUGUGUAAUUUCAAGAACAAACUACUCAAAGUUGAAAAUGUGCUGUGGAUUUUGGGUC